AUGGACAUCGAAUGGUUUCGAGGACAAGUCGUCUUCCUCACGGGAGCAACUGGGAAUCUUGGCGGCUGUCUGUUAUAUAAGCUAACCAUUCAACUUCCAACCGCUAAAAUAUUUGUGCUGGUGAGAGGGUCUGUUCAAAAGGCAAUCGAAUCAUGGGAGCAGUCGAUGCCAGAGCAAGUAGAGGAGAUCAUUGCUACUUGCAAAAUCCAGUUCUUCCUCGGUGACAUGACCCAGCCUAGCCUCGGUCUCUCACCCGGGAAUCUAUCACGCCUUCAAAAUGAAACUACGGUGGUUAUCAAUGCUGCUGGUGACAUCGCUUUAUCUCGAGAUCUUCCUGAGACUAUACCGAUCAAUUGCACUGCCCAUCUGACACUAGCUGGUCUACUGGAAAGUCUCACUCAACUGCAACGCUUCCUUCACAUAUCAACUACAUAUGUCUCCAGCUUUCUCCCGGACGGCGUGGUCAAGGAGCAAGUUUACCCUCUAUACAAAGACCCGGUAGAAGAACUAGGCAAUAUUCUCAUCACAGGAAAGUCUUCCUAUACGAAAGAAUUCGCGGCUCCCUAUUCAUUGGCCAAACACCUGGCUGAAUGUUUGCUUCUGAGCGGCGACCACAAAUUCCCCAUCCUCAUCAUGCGACCCUGUCUUAUAUCACCGGCAAUCGAGGAGCCCUACCCGCUCUAUGGCAGCGAUGGCGCCAUACCCAUACAUUCUUUCAUCCAGAUACUACUAGGAGACUCAGAAUAUGGGCCUCUGAAGCUCGAGCAAACACUACCUUCACACGCAGCCUGCAAUGAGAUCCCAGUUGAUCUCGUGGCUCGUACUUGCCUGGCCCAUGUUGCCCAAGGAACGACGGGUGUGGUCCACGCCAGCGCCGAUUUGUACGUCUCACGAACAAUUGGGGAGUUGCUCGAGCGGAUGCGGCGCCACGCGCCAGAGGGAGCGGUCGAGCAGGUACGCAAGGCCGGGAUUGAUCACGGAGAAGUCACGGCUCCCGAGUUUUACACCAUGAUCCAGCAAUUUGCACGAGACUGGAAGAUUGAAUGUACGCGAUCUACUCAUUUGAAGCAGGUGGCGGGUCCAUUGGGACUUGACCUCGGCAACCAUGACCCAGAAAUAUUCUUCAAGCUUCGUAUUGAGCGACUGGCUAAGACUCUUCUGGAAAAGCUGGAAACUGCUAGUAUGGCAAGCAACAAGGUCUAUCCGAAUAUUACUUGA